UCGGUUUGAGGUUAAGGAAUAUGGAUUCGUUUGACGUUUGGACACCGGGUAGGUUUACGUAUUGUGACUUUGUUUAGGGUACAUUUCUGUAUGCAGGAACAUAUCUCUAAUACCCGUGCCAACACCGACUCCUUCAGCGUUAAUUUCACGUUCCAUUCUAGACCAACUCUUGAACGUUAUUCCGGGACAGUUUUGGGAGGUUACGGAAAGGGUCGAGAAGUGACGAAUGUUGACGAAUCAUGACAUCGAUGACUAACAUAUCUAGACGGCCACGUGCUGCGUUCCGUCAACUGCACCCAUAACCUAAGAAGCCAUCUUGAAAAUGUGUUCAUGCAACUAGGAAUGUGAGCUGGUGUCUGGAGACGAGAAGUUUUAGAUGAGGUGAUCCCGGAACAAGGGGCAUGCAUAGAACAGUCAUGAAUGAAGUAAACAGUGCAGAUGCAGCACGACCACAGCAUAGAACAGUCAUGAAUGAAGUAAACAGUCCAGAUGCAGCAUGACUACAACAUAGAACAGUCAUGAAUGAAGUAAACAGUGCAGUGGCAGGACGACCACAACAUAGAACAGUCAUGAAUGAAGUAAACAGUGCAGUGGCAGGACGACCACAACAAAGAACAGUGGGUGACUCUAGCUUCAUCAUACAUGCGGUUAACAGUACAGUUUCUGUACAACCACCAAGAGAUAGUUCAUCAGGACGCAGGGAUGACUUCCGCUUUGAAAAUAUCAAAGCAUCAAGUAAACAGCAUUUGAAGACGUUUGACAAGAGAAGAUUUGUGGAGACAAGAGCAUAUGAUGAGGCCAGAUUUCGUCUACAAAACCUUGGUGUUGUGGUGAUUGUUGGGCCACGAGGUAGUGGGAAGACAACCAUGGGUGCCAAUCUCCUUAACUCCUUCACGCGAACGCCAAUCAUUCUCCACAGUCCUGAAGACUGGUAUACACUUCCUCUGCGACAAUCACAGAGAAACCGAUUGAAUGUCCUUGUGGACAACAUAUUUGGAUUUGACAAUCUUGACGUCUAUCGGAAAGAAGCGUGGCUGCAGCUACUAGAUGUGAUGUUCUCUCAGGUGCAACUCGGCCUCGUAAGUGUUGUUAUUCUGUUAAGUACAGAUGUAUUUAACAUAUGCCGAGAACAACUCACAAGAUUCUCAUUGUUUCAAGUCGCUCACAUCAUUUCACUAUCGGAUCCAAAGUACAGUUUAAAUCUUGAAGAAAUGAAACAAAUGGCCAAAAUCCAUAUAAAGACAACAUCUUCCCAAGUAGACCAAAAUAACAUUUCAAUGCACCUGUCAAAGCUUAACAGCAUGGCAUUUCCACUGAUAUGCCAUACAUUUGCAAGUUGUAAGGAAGCUCAGGAAAGAGGACUGCAGUAUUUCCAAAACCCUGUUGAAUGCAUUGUGAAGAGAUUCAAGAUACUGAGAGAACAAAAUGAUCUUCAGUACCUUGUUCUGGUUCUUCUUGCUGUAAUGAAGGGCCGGCUUCCAGAGAGCUUUUUCUACCCAGAUCAACAAUCCAGUGAAAUGAAGGACACUGCUCUUGUUUUGAAAAGGGUGGGACAUGUCUUUCCUCUCGUUGUUGACAUAGACAUGAUAAAAAAGCUCAAACACACCACAGAUAGCAUGGUUGGGGAAUAUUUGAUCUACUCAAAGAGAGACAAAUCCUAUGCAUACCUGACUGCAUUAUAUUAUGAUUCUAUACUGCUCACAGUUGCAGGCUGCCAUGUGAAAGAUGUCAUUGACAUAUGUCCAUCCAGAUUUCUUGUUCAAUAUAUGCCUCUAUGCAAUCCUUCAGAGAGGUGCCUUGGUGUUCAAGUUCAGAGGGAACUUUUCAAAAGCCUGGCAAGGAGAAUAGCUUCUGAGCUCACAGAGGGGGGAUUUCUUCACAAUUUUGAACCACCAAGCUCUGAGGGAUGGAAAGUUUGUAAGUGUUUUAGCAAAAGAAGUCCUGGGACCAGAGGGAUGUACACGUAUCUGCCAGAGAAAAAUUGGUUUCUUCCAGGUUCACAAAAAAGCCUCGUUUGCCAUGGCAUAUUUGAAUGUGUCCAAAGCACCUAUGACAUAUGAAGUUUGGGAACAGACCAAACGUUGGCUCUGUAAUUUUAAAACUCUUAUUUGCCUGAUAAUUAUGCAUGACCUGUCACUGCUAGCAAAAGAAAUUGUUUCACAGUCAAGAUGUUGCCAUGACAGUAGACUCCUACAGUGUGCAUGUUUCAUGGGACUGGAUGGUCUUGUUAAAGAACAUCCAAGUAUUUCCUCUUCUCAGCUGGAGGACAUGCUGACCACAUGUAUUGUUUCAGACAAAGUGAAAGUUGGUCUGAUGCGAAAACUUCUAACGUGGUGGAGAAAAGCCACAAAACAGAUGUAUGCUGAAUAUCAUAUCUGAAAGUCACAGACUGGACAAGAUUAGCACUUGCUCUUUUCAAAGAGAAAUAUGUCAAGGAACUUCUGGAAAUGUUGAGAAAUUUACCAUGUGAUCAUGCCAGAUUACUUGAUGAGUUUCUUCAACAAACAUUGGUUCAUUGCUUCCAUUCUGAAGAUGAAAAUAGCUUGGUGAAAAUAAUCAAGAAUGUUCCGACAUCACAGAAACGAAAGGUGAUACAACUGCUGGUGGAUGAAGGAGCUCAGGAUCAGGAUGGCAGGAUGAUCUUCAUCGCAUCACAACACAAAUCUUCAGAUGCUCUGGAAUUGUUACUUUGUCACAGUUCCAAUUUAGAAUACACUUUAAUGGAGGGUGACAGGUCAUGGACUUUCUACUUUUCCAGGUCAAGAAUACUUUUCAGUGGAACAAAGGACGAACUCCUCUUUUGGAAGCCUCUUGUCGAAGUAUUGAAUCAGUGAAGUUACUUCUUAACCAUGGUGCAGACGUGAAUGCAGAAGACAUAGAUGGUUACACCAUUCUUCACUCAAAGUUUGUGUAUACUGACAGUGAAUGCCUAGAAAUGAUAUUGUCAAAAGUAUCACCACGUCUGGGAGCAACCUCAUCUCCAUUACGCAUAGCAAGUGAAUAUGGUAACUUAGAUUGUCUUCUCUUGCUUCUAGAAUGGUAUUCAGGAUUGACAUUAGGAGAGGAUGCCCUAAACCCCAAUGAUGGUGGUUCAACAGCUCUCAUGGAAGCUAUUCUGUCUGGAAUUGACAAGAGGGAUAAGGUGGAGGCCCUCAUUAAUGCCGGAGCUGACAUACACUUGACAAACAAAAACGGAAACUCGGCUCUUCACCUUGCUGCUCAUGGCAACAGUGUUGAAAUUGUUGAGAAACUUAUUGGAUUAGGUGCAGAUGUAAACCAGCAAAAUGGAAAAGGAAACACACCACUUCAUUUGGCACUGUCAGCUGAAUCCACAUGUGUGGAAACGCUCCUUAAAAAAGGUGCAGAUAUUCUUUUGGAAAACAGUGCAGGUGUCACGCCAUUACUUGAAGCAGGAGUCCUUGCUUCUGUGGAAACACUCAAGUUACUUCUUGAGUACUGUCCGAACAACCCUCUUAGUACACAUGACCUUAAACUGAAUCCGUUAUUGGCUUCACCAAAUCUGGACAAAGUGAAACUGCUCACGGGUUCGGGAUUUUGUCCAACACCAGUUACUGCCCAAAAGCUACUAAUAGAUUUUGCAAUGGACAAUUUCCGUAAAAGGUCUCUUUUUGUAAAAGACACAGUCAGUGAUGAAAUAAUAUAUUUGCUUUUCAGUGGAUCAAUGCCGAGAGUCAGUGGAAAGAUGAGUGGUAUGACAGACUGGUUUUUCAUCUAUGUGAACGUGGUGCAAAUGUCAACCUGCUGGAGACUGAUCAACAAUCCUAUCAGAAUACAGCUGAUGACAGAUCAUCAUCAAACACAUCAGACAAUUCAGAUUCAUCUCCGCCUGUUGGAUUCACACCACUCCAACACGCAAUGA